GUGAAAUUGCCGACCUCAGCCGAGCAAUUGCGGUUUCAUUGUGCUGCCGAUCCAAUUUUCCAACAUCUCACCUCCGAGCAGUCCAAUACUGACCAGGAUGGAAUCGAAACCAGAUAUCCUCGUGUCCGUUGAUCUGGGAACCACCUUUACGGGGGUUGCUUGGAUGACCCCAAGGACGAACGCAAAUACUCCCCCUCAGGUUAUCAACAAUUGGCCCGGAGAUGGUGGACAGAAUGAGCGAAAAGUACCAUCGACACUGAUCUACAACCCCAACAGCUCCACUGUGUCUUCGUGGGGAUUUCUUUGUGCAGACGAUGACACUUCAUCAGGCAAGAUACGUCGCGAGUGUUUCAAGGUGUUCCUGGAUGCGGAAACGUUGGCAGAUGUUCAACGGCGAGGUCUUGCCAAUGUCCCGCAAAGCACUGUAGAAGCCCAACGCUUCGUCACAGACUAUCUCAAGGAGAUUUACAUGCAUGUGAAAGAGACGGUUGAAAUAGAAAUGGGAAGACAGCCCUGGAAAGACAAGACCGUCACCUUCCUCUUCAGCGUACCCACAACGUGGGAAAGCAUGGAUAUUAUCAACGACUUCAAGGCGUGUAUACUGAACGCUGGGUUUGGGUCUGGCGGCUCCAAUCACUCUGCACUGGUCGAUCUGACGGAAGCUGAGGCUGCUGCCGUUGCGACGCUGAAGACCAGCUCGAUCACCUUUGACCAGGGAAGCCUGUUUCUCACAGUAGAUGCAGGUGGAGGCACAACUGAUCUUUCUCUGAUGCGAAUCACAUCAGCGGACAGUCAGUUUCCGGAAAUGUCACAAGUUGCGGCUGUUAACGGCUUGGGUGUCGGAGGCUCUCUGAUCGACAUGGCAUUUAUGAGAGUGGUGCAGCAGCGGCUGGAAGCAUACCCUGAAGCCCAGUCUUAUCUGCCACGCGAUAUUGCGGCCCGGAUGUCAAGAGGUGCUUUCUUGAGGCUGAAGCACAAAUUUGGCCAGCGCGCAUGGAUGAAUACUCCCGAAUUUGGGGUUCAGAUGGAUGGCACCCCACACAAUUUCACCCACCCCGGCCUAGGGGUGCGGAAUGGCAGCAUGUUCUUUUCAAGAGGGGAAAUCCAAUCGUUGUUCGAUAGCCAGAUCCAAGGCAUUUUGGAACGUAUUGAGAAGCAACUGGACUGGGUGACCCAGAACCAGCCGCACGAGCAAGUAAGAUACAUGAUCCUAUCCGGGGGCUUAGGUAGCUCCGUCUAUGUGAGGGAUGUCCUACAGGCGAGAUUCACAAACGAUCCACAUCGCAAUGCUGCGCAGGUGGCUGUGGUCUCGUGUAGAGAGCCGCAGCUAGUUGUCGCUCGCGGUCUUUUGUUCAAUCAGCAGCAGAAGUGGGACACGGGCAACAGGUCGGUGCUAUCUACGCGCAUCGCUAGAGCGAGCUACGGUGUUGUUGUGAAACAACUGUACUCGCCGGAGCAUCACUUUGGCGAGGACAUCAAUGAUGAUCCGUUCGAGCCCAAUACUAAAUGGGCGGUGAAUCAGAUUCAAUGGCUCAUAAGAAAGGGAGAUGUUAUCAACCCUGAUUCACCACUGUCGAAGGAUUUUAAAAUCCGACUUGCCGAAGGAGACACGACGAGGUCAUGGAACGCCGAGAUAGUCAAGUCUCAGAAUGAAGCAUCAUUUCUUCCGCGCAGUCUAAAGCAAGCCGGGGCCAGGAGGUUGUGUGAUGUGAAGAGCAACCUCAGUGGAAUACAACAGAGUCAACUAGUGCUGAAACACAAGAGAGGUUCAUGUUUCUCGCGAGGCCACAAGUACUAUAUUUGUAACUUUGACAUUCGAGUCAUUGUAGCACCUGCCGACUUGCGUUUUGAGUUGUGGUUUGGAGGGAUGAAAUUUUCAGGCAACCAUGAACCAAUCGAGGUCAAAUGGGAUCCUUGA